UAGUCCUGGUUAACAGAUAAUUGGGGUUCCUGUGCCCCUCCCCCCUUCCUUCGGUCCCUCGGUUACUCCUACCCCCCUCGACAUCCCUUUUUGACGGCGUGGGAUAGAGGUCAGCCCCUUCUACUGGAGGACCGGGUUUAUCUGCGCUCAGUGUGAAGCCACUCAGGAGCUCUGCGCUGCAGGGCAAUCGCACAGUGCGCUGCCUUAACUCAGCGAUAAGGGAAGGUAACGUCGCUUUUUACAAUAUAAAUCCGAAGCUCGGAGGAGGAUGACAUCCAUGGCUGUGUCCUCAGCUCUCUGGCUGUUUUUUCUUGGCCAGCUUUUAACAUCUACCUUGGCCCAGAGACCCAGCCCACGGGGGCCAGUCGGGCUGCCAGGACCUGCAGGACCACCAGGGAAAGAUGGCAUUGAUGGCAAACCCGGCCCACCAGGAUUACCUGGCAAACCCGGACCUAAUGGGAAGCAGGGACCUCCAGGUCGCCUGGGCAGUGCGGGCCUUCCUGGUCUUCCCGGCGUGGAUGGUUUACCGGGUCCAGAUGGGCCUGCUGGGAAGGAUGGGCCACCAGGAACAAGGGGAGAUCUAGGACCUCCUGGGCCAGCAGGGCCUGCAGGCAGAGGGAGACCUGGGGCCCCAGGGCCCUCAGGGCCGAAUGGGCUCCAAGGUGCAGCAGGGCCACAGGGGCCGGUGGGGCUUGAGGGUCCUCCAGGUCUUCCUGGGCCACCAGGGCCUGAUGGACUUCCAGGUCUUUCAGGGGCAUUUCCUGAUGGCAACGGAGAUGUUCUGUGCCCAGCGAUCUGCCCUGCAGGUCCCUCUGGUGCUCCUGGGAUGCCAGGAUUCAAGGGUCACACAGGUCACAAGGGUGAAAAGGGCGAGGUUGGCAAAGAUGGAGAGAAGGGUGACUCUGGGCCACCAGGCCCACCUGGCAUUCCUGGCACCGUCGGUCUCCAGGGUCCCCGUGGACUGAGGGGACUUCAGGGCCCCGUGGGGCCAGUGGGUGACAGAGGUGCGUCUGGUUUCCGUGGCAAGCCCGGUAUUGCUGGUGUCAUUGGCAAAACAGGUGAAGUUGGAGAGAGAGGCCCUGAGGGAUUCAAGGGACCAAAGGGGGACAUUGGUAAAAUUGGUCCAAAAGGAGGUCCAGGAAGAUUAGGACCUAAAGGGGAACCAGGAAUUCCGGGCAGGGAUGGGAAGGAUGCCACUCAUGGCUUAGAUGGAGAGAAAGGUGACGCAGGUCGAACCGGGGUUCCAGGCGAAAAAGGCCCUAAUGGUCUUCCUGGUUUGCCGGGAAAGGCAGGUUCCAAAGGGGCCAAAGGUGCAGUUGGUGAUCAAGGGAAAAUGGGAGAGGCGGGACCUUCUGGAGAGCCAGGUAUUCCUGGUGAUAUUGGCAUUCCUGGCGAGAGGGGUGAGCCUGGCCCUAGAGGACUGGCAGGGGGCACUGGACUGCAAGGACCCCCUGGAGCUGCGGGUGUCAGGGGUUUCCAGGGGCCGAAAGGAGAUCUGGGAGAACCCGGCCUUCCUGGUCCGACCGGAAUCCGUGGGGAAUUUGGUGAGAGGGGUCCAGUCGGAGCUGGAGGCCCCAAAGGAGACAUGGGUGUAGCAGGAAGUGACGGUCUUCCUGGGGAGAACGGAGAACCGGGUCCAUUUGGCCCCGUAGGACAGAAAGGCGGGCCAGGGAACCAGGGCGAGCUGGGGCCAAAGGGUGUGGUAGGACCGCAGGGUGAGAUGGGCCCCAGGGGACUGCCGGGAAAGCCGGGAACGAUGGGCUUCCAAGGGGAACAGGGCCUGCCUGGCAUUGCAGGAAAGACCGGCGUUCCUGGUAAACUGGCAAGUGAACAGCACAUCAGAGAGCUGUGUAGCGACAUGAUUGAUGAUCAGAUGGCACAACUGGCCGCUAAUUUAAGGAGACCGCUGGCUCCUGGUACGGUUGGCCGCCCAGGACCUGCUGGUCCUCCUGGUCAGCCUGGGGAAACAGGUGUGAUAGGACAUCCUGGAUCUCGUGGUCCACCAGGGUACCGGGGCCUUCCAGGUGAUCUUGGCGACCCAGGUCCCAGAGGUGAUGUUGGUGAAAACGGAGACAAAGGACCACUUGGUAAAGCCAUUGAAGGGCCAACAGGAGACCAAGGACACCAAGGUUUUCCAGGAGUGUCUGGAAUAGUCAAAGAUGGGCGAGACGGUACCCCUGGAGAUCCAGGAGAGCCGGGAGAACCAGGACGGAUGGGCAGACCAGGACACCAGGGUCCUCCGGGGAUCUGCGACACGUCGGCAUGCCAGGGAGCAGUCGCUGCCGGGAAGUCAACCAAUCCCAAGAAACAUUAAACUGUCUAAAGAAAGAGGAGGUCCCAUGUCUUUUAAUAUAUGUAAAAGUAAAUAGAAACAAUCAUAGUGAUAAGGAAAGAGACAAAGAGAACAACAAUCAGGUAAGUGACUGAAAGAACAUUCAAGGAAAAAGAUCAGUGGAGAAGACAGAAAAUGAGAAUUAAGAGGAAGACUCCCUACACUGACUGGACUGAAGUGAAAAUAUGCUAGUUAUGGAACCAAGUUCUAUAAAUAAAUGACACAGAAAACCA